AUGGGCCACUGCUGCUCGCGAAAGACGAGUGUGCUGGAGAAUCGGAGCCGAUGGACCGUGGCUUCUGUCGACCUCCGCUACAACGCCAGCCUCGGAGCUGUGCACGAGUUCGCUGCAGCAAAGUACUUCAACCGGAUGAUGAUGACCCAUCCCUGGCGGACCUUCGAGGCCUCGGAGGCAGAGGUCUUCAUCAUUCCGAUCGACAUUGAUCCUUCGGACCUCGAUGCAGAUGACUCAGAGUUUUGUGGCCCUCAGAUGUACGAGCAGCAUCUUCUCGAGACGUUGGGUUUAUUGUUUGAGCAGACGCACAUCACGAAGAAGAGUGGCGCCGAUCAUUUCUGGAUGAUGUCGGCGAAUUAUCCCGAGCGUCUCAUCGAGAAGUUCGCGCCAAUUCUUGCCGAUGCCUUGCGGAUGGCGAACCAUUUGCACUUCAUGACGGUCGGGGUGAUGGAGCUCUUCCCUGGGCGAUCACUGAAGGCAAUGCCUCUCGAGAACUCUGGCGAUCUCUACAUGCUGCAGGGCAACCGGAGGACGGGUGCGGAUCGAGAUCUUGCCUGUAAGCCGCAACACCUGCAGCGAUCGCAUUCAGGAAAAGGCCUUGGAGAUGUUCAUUGCCCGUACCUUUCGCCAGGGACCCAAAGGGCUCUGUCGGAUGUAGAUUUAUAG